UGAGCUGGGUCCCCCUAGUUUGAAAUGCUUGUCAUUCCAAGGGAGCCAACAGCAGUGCCUUUUCAGGCUGCUGGGAGGAAAGGAGGGGGAGCCCCAGCAGUAGGCGGAGCCAGAGCCAAUGACAGAGGUAACUAAAUUCUAGUUUUGUACCCAUUCAUCCCCCUGUUGAGUUCCACAAGGGCAACACUGAGACGACGACGAGGAGGGAAAACUGAUAGGCACAGCCAUUCCACGGAGCUGGAUGUUGUCUGUGUUAGGAAGUCUUCUCCCCUUGAGGUUAAAACCUGGGGCUCCAAAGUGUUACCCUCACGUUGGGGUUAUACAUUAAUUUAAAAUGGCGACUGAUCUGUCCGAAGCUGAUCCCGCACACCGUAAGGCGCUUCCACUGUUAACGGGAGCCCCCCCGGACAAGUUGAGUGAGACGGCUGAAGACGCCACCAUGCCCAUCCGCCGGGCCGUGAAUUCUUCUGCUCGGGAAACUCCUCCCAAAAGCAAACCUGCUGAAGGGGAGGAGGCCAAGCCAGAUCCUGAUGUCAGCUCAGAGGAAUCCGCUUCGACUGUAGAGGAGCAAGAGAAUGAAACUCCACCAGCCGCACCCAAUGAGGCAGAGCCACCCAAGGAGCCCGAAGUGGAGGAAAAGGAAGGAGAGGCAAAGCCUGCCGAGGAAGCCAAAAAGGAGGAGAAGGAUCAAGUCAAAGAGGAGAAGAAGAAAGUCAAGAAGACCAUCCCUGCCUGGGCCACCCUCUCUGCCAGCCAGCUAGCCAGAGCACAGAAGCAGACGCAUAUGGCAGCUUCUUCUCGCCCCAAGAUGGAUGCCAUUUUGAUUGAGGCAAUCAAGGCAUGCUAUCAGAAAGGCGGGGCAUCAGUUGUGGCCAUCCGGAAGUACAUCAUCCAUAAGUACCCUUCACUGGAGCUGGAGAGGAGGGGCUACCUCCUCAAGCAGGCCCUCAAGAGGGAGCUAGAGCGAGGGGUCAUUCGGCAGGUGAAAGGAAAAGGAGCCUCUGGGAGCUUUGUGGUGGCCCCGAACUCAGGGAAAACGGCCCCCAAAUCCAGGGACCGGAAGCGGAGCUCUUCUUCGGCGUCCGGCCCAGAGCAGCAAGUGAAGCUGGAAGACAUCCUCCCGCUGGCCUUUACACGCCUCUGCGAGCCGAAGGAGGCAUCCUACAGCUUGAUCAAGAAAUAUGUCUCCCAGUAUUACCCGAAGCUGAAGGUGGACAUCAGACCCCAGUUGCUGAAGAAUGCUUUGCAGAGAGCAGUGGAGAAGGGCCAGUUGGAGCAGAUCACAGGCAAAGGAGCUUCUGGAACUUUCCAGCUGAAGAAAUCUGGGGAGAAACCCCUUCUGGGUGGGAGCCUGAUGGAAGAUGCCAUCCUCUCCGCCAUUGCGGCCAUGAAUGAGCCCAAGACCUGCUCCACCACUGCUCUGAAGAAAUAUGUCCUGGAGAAUCACCCAGGGUCAAACUCCAGCUUCCAAGUCCACCUACUGAAGAGGACCCUGCAGAAGUGUGAGAAGUACGGCUGGAUGGAGCAGAUUUCCGGGAAGGGCUUCAGUGGCACCUUCCAGCUGUGUUUCCCCUACUAUCCCAGCCCCGGUGUCCUGUUUCCAGAGAAACAGAAAGAGGAAGAGUCAGAGGAGGAUGAAGAGGAAGAGUCAGAGGAAGAGGAGGAGUCAGAGGAGGAGUCAGAGGAGGAAGAGCCCCCUCCAAGGAAAAGGAUGCAGAAGCGGCCCCCGCCGAAGGCCCGGAAUAGGGCCCCCCCACUGGCAAAGCGGCGGGAGGCCAAGCCCAAGCCCCGCAAAGCCCCCGUGGCCCGCCGUGGGAAGGCCAAAGCCCCCCCUCCCAAGGUCAAGGCCCCCAAGGCCAAGAAAGCCAAGCCAGCUGCCCCGCCCCGCCCGGCCCUCAAGACUCUCUCUGCCCCCAAGAAGCCCUCCUCAGCCGCCAGCGCGAGGAAGGACCUGAAGCCCUCGGCCAAGAAGAGCAAGACCACCAUGCGCAAGUCCCUGAGAGCCAGAAAGUAACCCCUUCUCCCUCCGGAGUGGCAGGGCACAAGGGGGUGGGGAUCUCACACGCUUGCUUGCGAAGUGCAAGGCCACCUUUGUCUCUUUCUCCUGAUGCUUUCAAACAUCUCUCUCUUCUCCCCCAACUUCCUUCAGCAGCGGUGAAAGCCAGCUAGUCAAAGUGGCACUUAAUAAUCCAAGCGUCUCCCCUUAGAUCUAGGUCCUGCCCUCUGUGCCUUCUCGCCACCCACCCUCUUCCCCUCUCCCAUCUACCUGACCCCUUCCUCUCCAGAACCUUUAAUCAGUAACAUAGAACUGUUCUUUUUGAAAAUAAAAAAUAAGGAGAAGGUUAAUCUGUACAGGGUCACCUUGCCUUUGAAUUUUGGGCUUUUGAAACAGGUUGCAGAAGAAGAUUUUUAUAUUUUUAGAAAGUGGAAAGGAUCCCCAGGAAGACUUUCUGAACAGGGCACUUCUUCCUCCUCCCUCCUCCUCCCGCCUUUUGGGUGCCUUGCUUGGUUCUUGCAGGCCAGUGAACCCCCUGGGGUGAGCAAGCCUUCUCAGAAGAAGAGUUGGGUGCCAGAUGGGGGGCGGGGGGCUUCCCCACAGACGCCUUCUUCAUUACCUUGUUGUGUUUUCUUGUGUUUUGUUUUUUUUAGCUUAGAUGCUCCCCACCCCCAGUGUUUCAAUGUCGCCUGAAAACCAAGCUUACAUAAAGUUCUUUUUGAAUCCAGCUUUUGAAACUUGUUCUGUAAAGAAAGAGCGGGGGGGAAACGAACACCAGGUUUCGUCAUUUGUUCCCCCUCCCCUUUUUUUAAAGGAAAAAAAAGGAGAAAAGAAAAUGACCGAGAACAAUCUAAGUAGAGCAAAUGAGUAGAGCCAUUAAGCAAAGGAACAUGCUGUUUGUUAAAAUAAAAAGUAGACUCUUGA